AUGACUUAUCCACCGCUGUUGCAGGUGUGUUCCGGUCUAAUGCUUUCGCAGAUUGGCAGUGAGAAGUAUGGUUCCACACUUGUCGAUUUGGUACUUUAUUCGGAAAGUGAGGGAGACGUAAAGCCAGUAAAUAGCAGCAAUAACAACAGCAACCAGUCGUUAAUACUAACGAGAAUGAAACGAAAAAAUCGUAGUAAUGUUGCAAAUUCUCCGGAAGACUCGCCACAGAUACUUCUGCGAACGCUCCAGGAAAGAUUCAGUUCAUCGGAACGAUUCCAGAAAGUCCUCGUCUUACGAGGUUUCGUUUUUCCCUUGUUUUCUUUUUCCCUGACACUGAAGAAUUCCUUUUGUCAGUACAACAUUUUGGAGAGUAACGAUGUAUUUACUUUAGUAAAGCAUUAUUAUUUUUUUCUGUAA